AUGGCGGCAUUUCUGAGCCUUCCCUCCGAGCUGAUACCAUCCAUCUUUGCAUACCUGUCCGAUGAAGAUUACUUCACCGCCCGCUUGACGUGUAAAUACCUAGAGGCCGCCACCUUAUCGCACUUCGGCAAGCAAUUCUUCCGCAAAAAGGGCUAUCUCAUCACGAGUCCAAGUCUCAAUGUCUUGAGAUCCGUAGCCAGGCAUCCGGAGUUGCGGAAACAUGUUCAGCACGUUUGGUUCAACCCGGAUCUCUACACUUUCGUCAUGCCCGAGUGUACUCCCGACCCUCACUGGCCUUACGCUCAGAUCUAUGGCCAGCGCGUUGAGGAAGAGCAACAAAGCUACGAAAUCUACCAGGAUUGCAUGCACGAUCAUCGCAAUAUGCUGUAUAGCUCGAAUCUGAGAGAGCUGCUCACCGAGACAUUUCAGAGCCUGCCGCAUCUGGAAGUUGUGGGCAUGCGGCGAAGCGAAGAUCAUCGGCCAUGGGGCUGGAGUAGGCUCAAAGAUGCCAUUGGAGAAGACCCAAGGAUUCUAGGUUCCAUUCCUUCAGGGCCAAUGUCUUCGUUAUCGGGGCCGACACAUCUCUUCCUUGCCAUCAUUCACGCGCUAUCUGCCUCGAAUGUGAUGCUUAAACGACUUUAUACCGACGCUGUGGAGAUUGACAACAUUCUACCGACGGUCCUGUCACAGGAGAAAUACGAUACUGCACUCCCUGCGAUGCUGUAUCUGGAGAUCAAUGCCAGCAAAGCCUGGCUCACGCAAAAGGCGAGGAACGCUCGGACGGUCGAGGAUGUACAAGCCGGCGACGGGUUGCUCAGUCUUCUCCGAGCAACACCACAGCUACGCGAGCUCGGCCUCCAGAUCUUCCGAGACUUGAGGCAGAGCUAUCUUGUUCCCCCAGCUUCACGAAACCCCGACAGCUGGAGGCAAUCAUACCCCUAUCUAACGUUCGAAAAGCUCUCCCGCGGCCUACAACUCCAGUGCCUCACCCGGUUGAAACUCGAAAAGCUCAUCACGAGCGCCGAGACGUUGAAAGCGUUCAUGAAGCCCUCACGCGCGAAUCUGAUCAGUAUCAAGAUCCGUGACGUGCGCCUUCUCUCCACCACGCAAGAGCCGCGGCCGUGGGGACCGGUGUUCCAGUUCUGUCGCGAUGACUGUCCACAGCUGUCCUACGUCCUCUUCUAUCACUUGAUGUACGAGCUGGGCGGGGUGUCCUUUGUGGAGCGCCCACCGGCUCCUGUGCCGUACCCCGAUGUCGAGAAUGCGACUGGCGCGCCCAAUCCUCCGUUUGGCGAGCCCGCUGGCGGCGAGUUGUUCAUCAGAUACGAUCAUAUUGCUCUCGAAGGCAACGGCAGGGCAGACGUGCAGGCGAAGCUGGAACGCAUUGUCGAGAGGCAUUGGUAUCAGCAGCCGAUAUUCAGCUACGCGAUGGAUGAGUCGCUCUGGCAUACAGACACGAGCGAUGAGGAAAUGUGA